UGGCGGAAGCGCGGCGAGCUCCCGCCUCCCGCCGGGGUCGGGGGUCAGGCGGGCCCGCCGGCUCCGGGCGCCCAUGGAGGGCUCGGGGGACGAGGAGCCGGGGUCCGAAGGGCCGCUGCAGCAGCUGGUGAAGCGGCAGCGCAAGGAGAAGCGGGAGCUCCAGGCAAAAAUUCAAGGCAUGAAAAAUGUUGUUCCCAAGAAUGAUAAGAAGAGGCGAAAACAGCUGGCAGAUGAAGUUGCCAAACUAGAGGCAGAACUUGAGCAGAAGCACAAGGAGGAGCUAAAGCAACUGAAGGAAGCUUCCCCUGAACAGAAUAAGACAGAUUCCAUAGCUGAUGGGGUUGCAAAUUUGGAGCUUGAAGGAGUAGAGCAACAGAUUCAGCAUCCUCGAAUAUCAAAAGCACAGAAGAGGCGGGAGAAAAAAGCUGCUUUGGAGAAAGAAAGAGAAGAAAGAAUAGCUGAAGCUGAGAUACAAAAUUUAACAGGUGCUAGACAUCUUGAAAGUCAGAAACUUGCCUCUGUAUUGGCAGCAAGGCACUUAGAGAUUAAACAAAUCCCUUCYGAUGGCCAUUGCAUGUACAGAGCGAUUGAAGACCAGCUCAAGGACCACCAAAAUUCCUGGACUGUUGCAACUCUGAGGAACCAAACAGCAAAGUAUAUGCAAAGUCACUURGAUGACUUUCUACCUUUUCUUACAAACCCUAAUACUGGAGACAUGUAUAGCAGAGAGGAAUAUGAGAAAUACUGUGACGAUAUAGCAAAUACAGCUGCAUGGGGUGGUCAGCUGGAACUAAGGGCUUUGUCACAUAUUUUACAAACACCUAUUGAAGUAGUGCAGAUGGAUUCUCCUCCCAUUAUUGUUGGUGAAGAAUAUUCAGGGAAACCAAUAACACUUGUGUAUAUGAGGCAUGCCUAUGGAUUAGGAGAACAUUACAAUUCYGUAAAAGUUCUAACAGACACUGCUACAGAAAACAGCAGCUAGCAUACAGAAGUUGUACGUUCACAUGGAUAACAGUUGCAUCGUGAUGUGUUGGGCUCCAGGGAAUUCCCAGUAAGAUUGGAAAGUAAAUGGAAUAGAUUAUAAAUUAAAAAAAAAUCUGCAAGGUUUGACUAUAAAUCGGAAAUAGCUCUUGAUUUAAAACAAAACCAAACCAAAACCAUACAAUAUUUUGAACUUCUUGGUAUUAAUUACAUUUAGAAUAUCUUCUGUAAAAUGGUGUCUGUGUAGACCAGAUUUUUUUUUGUAAUAGAGUUUCCUCCCAUGCUGCAGUGAAAAUACCAAGUGGUAAAAUUUUGUUUUGGUUAUUCUGCAUCUCUGCAGAAGAAUUAACGUUACCUGAAGACUUCUGUUCCAUUAUUUCUGUCGGAUUUUCACAGUGAUGGAAGAGUUAAAGCAUUUGAAAUAAUUGAUUGUAAUUUGCUUGGUGUUAUGUCUUCUACAAUGUUUCUGUAGUUCCUACCAGGAUCUAAUUUUAACAGUGUAGUAUUGAUCCCCCUCUUUAUUUGGGCAGAGAAGAUCUGGAGACAAAUCCAGCAGUAGAAUAUUUUGCUUGGCUGAAGGAAUUGCACAAUCUUUUUAAAGACUUUCAUGUAAGAUUUUUACCAAGGUUUGAGGUAGAGUUUUUUUUGCAGGAGGAGCAUUGUUUAUGACUGUACAUCAUAAUGUCAGUGCAAAUUAACUGCACUGUUCAUUCUCCAUAGUCUUUCCUCUGUGCAUUUCAGUGAAUCAGAAAUCAAAGCUCCUCAAUGUCCUCACUUCAGGUAGUGAAACUCACCUGAACUCAAUUUAUGGAUUUGCUGAUCUAAGCACUGUCGCAUCUAAAGUGUGAUGUUUUUCAAUGCCUAAAGCAGCUGGUUGCACACAGAUGUAGAAAUAACCACCUUUUGACUUUUAGUUUUGUGAGUAACUAAAGGUGAUYUGGAAAAGAAUUAAGUUUAUUUUAAUUGCUUCAUAUGAUGCAGACUUGAAAGGUUUUAAUAUGGCUUGCUUGGCUUCUUACAUUUAAAAUUUAGAUUGUUGUCUUUAAGUUACUGUAAACGUGAUUUCAAAACUGGGAGCAUAUUGAAACCAAAGUUGUAAUGCAAAUAUUUUUUAACAAGAGAAGUGACUUUUAAAUUUCUUUUAAAGCCUUAGUAAAUAACAUAAUUGUCUGUAUUUUACUGCUGCUAAGUUGGUUUGGGAAAAAACAGUUCAUGUAAAGAUUAAACACCUUUGCCCUGGUUKGAGGAUUAUGACCUAACAGUGCGUAUCUUGUAGUCCUUCAGUAAAGCUAGCCUGCAGAUUGACAUUCCUGGAACUUAAAAAUUAGAAAAAUCUGCUCUUAUUUAAGAGGGAGAAAAGUGAUCACUUCAUGGAUCAGAUUAUGUCUGAUUUAACGCACUUUGACAGAGAGGGGGUGAAAAAAAUCAGAUAAUUAUAGUAGGGGUUUUUGGACAAGCAGUUCUUUAGGCUGGUGCCUGCCAAGAAAGCAAAGUAUUAACSAGAUCAGGAGUUUUUACAUUCUUAUUUAUCUGUUAUAGUAUAGCAAAUAUAGCUGGUUUAUAUACCAAACCAGCUGGCUUACUGUAAAAUUUGGUUUACUACCUUGAUUGUAUAAAAUGGUGGUUUUAAUUUCAAACRAAAGGUAGGAUACAAUAGCAUGGAAAAAAAUGUUUCUAUUCAUAAUACCAUUAUGAAUUUCACUAAAAAUAAUAAGAAGAAAUACUCUUCUCUGCAUUGCUUAGAACUGUYGUGAUAUAAAAUGCACAUGCUGCAUUUUAUAGAUAUGCAGUUCUUUAUUUUAUUUGAGUUUCASUUUUGUUUGAUUAACUGAGAGAAAAAAGAUGCCAGAAUUGGGGAAUGCCUAUAUCAGCAGUUUGUCAUGUUGAAGAUGUUUACAGUUUCUAUAAAGUUAAAUAAUUUAACAUAAGGAGUGRAAGAUCCUUGCUCCUGUUGUAUGGGACUUGCCAAAAAGUAAUAAAUCGGYUUAUUUGUGGCGAAUCUUGUUGUGGUCAGUUUUAUUUUGUACUCAAAUAGUUCACUUGUUUCCUACUAUGAAUAAGCUUAUCCAUUUAAUUUUUAGGAUCCAACUGUAGUAUGAAUUCUCAAACUACUGACUGUAUUCAGGCAGACAGACCUUCACUCUAUAUGAAAUUUGUGAACAAAAUUCAUCCUCACCGUUUUUGCAGAUAAACUCGAGGUCUUCUGAAAACCUGUAUUUGAAAUUUCUGUUGAACUUCCCCAUGCAUAAAAAUGAUCAAGUGAAACUGAGAGGGGGGGUCUCUCACAAUUAAGCUUUUAAAUUCUUGGUGAGAUUACAUUUUCUCUGCAGAAUAACAUUGUUUACUUUGAGUUUGUGUGUAUUUCACUAGCUUACUUUUGCUUUUAUCUGGAAUUCAGUUUCUUCGGCCACUUUCUUUUUAAAGACUGCUAGGUAUUUUCUUGCAAGAUUGAGAUUACUUACGAGUAGCAAUUCUCACAUGGACAAGAGGGAAGCUGACUAGUGGUCUGCAGUAUUCUGAAGGGGAAGAACGUAUUUGUUGUUGAAAGCAGUGGUUAUAUGUGGCGCUYAGUGCUUGUCUGUGUCCCCUUCACUUGCUGUGCCCUGAUCUCUAAUCUCCUGUCCAGCUGCAUGGACUGCAGGCACCCCCAGAAAAGUGGUGGGAGGUUUAAAUAGUUUAAAUAGUAAGUUAAAUGAGUUCAAGGAUUUUUUUUUUA